CUUGCUAACCAUUUAUAGCACAAUCUCAUGCGUUUUAGUAAUUUAAAACAUUUUACUUUAUGACAUUUUUUGUGCCAUGCGUGCAGACUUAAUCCCAUUAUGGUUACAGGAUUAUGUUAUUGCAGUGUGAUACGAACACGUCACUGUCACUCGCUGUCGUCAGAUAUGAAUGAUGCUGAGUACCGGAAAAAGCGCCAUGGAAUGCUUAAAAUGUACUAUGGCAUGGAGAAAGACGCCCCUGGAUCCCCCACCAUAGAUCCUUGUGAUAUCAAUGGUGCUCACUUUGACCCAGAUAUGUAUCUCUCCAGAUUGAUCAAGGAGAAAUCGCUGACCGACUUAAUGGAUGAGGAGGCUAAGACAGUUACUCAAAUCAGAGCGCUGGACAGUGACAUGCAAACUCUUGUGUAUGAGAACUACAACAAAUUCAUUAGUGCUACAGACACCAUUAGAAAAAUGAAAAAUGACUUCAAGAAAAUGGAGGAUGAGAUGGAUCAUUUGGCCACCAACAUGUCCACCAUUACAGAAUUCAGUGGAAAUAUCAGCACCACGCUACAAGAUAGGCGACAGGAAAUCACCAAACUCUCAGGAGUUCACUCCCUUCUUAAGCGACUUCAAUUCCUGUUUGAACUACCGAAAAGAUUGAAUAAGUGCAUUGAAAUGAAUGCAUACAGCCAGGCUGUCAGGUACUACAGUAAAGCCAAAAGAAUCCUUCAGCGGUACCAGCAUAUAACCAGCUUCCAAGGAAUCAAUCAAGACUGCCAUCAAAUCAUACAACAGCUGUGUCAGACUCUGAGGCAACAGUUCAAAGAGAAAGAGUCAACUCCCAAACAGCUGGCAGAGUGUGUGGACCUUCUGUUACAGCUGAAUGAACCAGCUGAAGAGCUAUGCGAGGAAUUUCUUUCUCAUGCUCACCAGAAGAUCGACGAGGAUUUGAUGUUACUGGACAGACAGAUUCGGCUGCAGAUGGGCGAGGAUAUAAAGGAGGAAAUGGACUCCCCGGCCGAGGCUUACCUAGCUACACCCAUGGAUGUUUUAGAAUUUGUGGACUGUGGAUGUAAUGGUUUCUUGAGCAACAUAUGUCUGGUGAUUGCAUCAUAUAAUGACAUGUUUCUGAACAGACUACAAGAAGAUGAAAAUUUAGAUGCCAUAGCAUUAAAAAAGUUGGUGAACUUUGUGAAUGAUCUAAUGGAGAGAUAUUUUUCGUAUGUUCAAAGGCGCAUUCAGCUUGAGCGUGAGACAGGUGACAACACAAUCCUAGUCAGGUCACUAGACAGAUUCCAUAGAAGAUUACAAGCCAUGAACAAGCUUCUGCCUGACACUGACUUCUCUAGGGCUGGAACAGACAUUGUUUCUAAAGCUGCUAGGGAUCGGGUGGGGCAUUAUCUACAGGCACUCAAACAACAUUUUUCUGAUUGCAUGACAGAUAUCAGACAAAGUCUGGCUGCUCCAAAGACUGCUGGGAGGGAAGGUGGGGGCAACCUGAAUGAACUUCUAGGCAACAUGCAAUCUUCCAUAUUAGAACAGAUUAAGUCUGUGCUGGGAAAUCUACAGGCAUUUACAUCUUCUGACAUUACAUUUGCCACUAAGCCAUAUUUCAGUGGACCGUUCUGCACACAGGAUGUGAGGGAGGGACUGGUGGUGGCCUUCUUAAAGCAUGUCAACACCGUCUGUGAGGAAUUCUGUGAGGGUAGCGGUGACAAGAGUUCCAUACCACCGACACUUCUACUGAUUCUCUCUCGCUUGUGCCUGGAUUUUGAGGGCUCCACAAUAUCUUAUCUGAUAACCCUAACAGAGGAACAGUUUAUGGUGGAAGAGAGAACAAAAGUGACAGCUAUCAGUGAAUUAACCAGUCAUUCCAAGGACACUGCCCAGAAACUCCUCAAUCACUAUGUCAAAGUACAGGGCCUCUCUAUAUCACAGAUGUUACGAAAGAGUGUAGAAACGAGAGACUGGCUGAACACCAUCGAGCCUCGGAACGUGAGAGCUGUAAUGAAGCGAGUGAUUGAGGACAUCAGUGCUAUAGAUUCUCAGGUGGGCCAACUAUACGAGGAGGGAACCAGAAAAGAGCGCAGCAGUGAUUCUAGUCGGCGCACUCAUCCCCAAAGUUACAGCGCAUCCACAGCGCAGCGGAAAGGACAAUGGAAUAUAGCCCCCAGCAUCACUGACAACAGCUUGAUGAGUAACAUACAGAAAUUAUUUUCUGAGAAGAUUGAGAUUUUCAGUGCAGUAGAUUUCUCCAAAGUCUCAGUUCUAACUGGGAUUAUCAAAAUCAGUCUGAAGACAUUCCUGGAAUGUGUAAGGCUGCGGACAUUUGGUCGCUAUGGGUUACAGCAGAUACAGGUGGACACACACUACCUACAACUUUAUCUGUGGAGAUUUGUGUCGGAUGAAAAUUUAGUUCAAGUUCUACUGGAGGAGAUAGUGUGUAGUACAGUGCACAGGUGCCUAGACCCCUCCAUGAUGGAACCUAGCGUUAUAGAGCUGAUCUGUGAGAGAGGAUGAUGAAGAGACUACAGGAAGUGCUGAGUACUCUGGGACUCUCAAUUUGUUCUGAACUUUAAUACAAAAUAUAUAUGUGAAAAUGAACUACAUGUAUUUAUUGUCUAUGAUAAGCCAUCCAUUAUUAUUUGUAAAUUACUGGUGACAUUUUUAGAAUAAAUAAAUAUCACAAUG